AUAAAGAAAAACGCUAGAGAGAUAAUUAACAAAACCCUUUAGAGAGAACACAAAAACAAAAACCCUUUUGAAAAAAUUGAUUGGAGUUAUGGGAUUUUUACACAAGCUCUGGGAUGAAACUGUGGCCGGUCCUGCCCCAGAGAAUGGUCUUAGGAAGUUGAGAACUCACAUUUCCGGCGGAAGUGUCACAAGUAAUGGUCACCAGAUCAAGUUGAGGGUGGAUCCAGGUCGUGUCCCGGAUUCUCCUGUCGGAUCAAGCAUCCCCGAAUCUCCUUUGACUCCUGGAACACCAAAUGAGACACAUGCCACGAGUCUCAAUGCUUGCGAUUGGGUUGUGCUAAAUGCAUUGGACCGUUGAAAUGGAUUAGGGGGAAACACAUGUACGUGAAAAAAACACCCGAUCUAACGACUUUAUCUGUAUAUAUACGAAGUGUACAAAACGUAUAACGGGUUCAUGUAAAUAGUAGU